AUGAAUCUGUCGCUUGUUGAUCCAUUCGCCCUCGCGCAAGACUAUCCCGACACAUUGACCGCAACUCUGAGGAGCGGCCAUGCUUCGAGCCUACGAUUUAAUAGCACGGGCGAUUAUCUAGCUGCCGGUCGAGUCGAUGGAACAGUCGUGGUGUUUGAUCUUGAAACAAACGGAGUUGCGUGCAAGCUACAAGGCCACACCAAACAAAUACAGUCACUAAGAUGGUCCAGAAACGGCCGAUACUUACUUAGUUCCUCGCAGGAUUGUAAAUGCAUUCUCUGGGAUCUCAAAGAUGGAUCUCGUAUGCGCAUGGUGCGAUUUGAGACGCCUGUAUAUGUUGCAGAAUUACACCCUUUCAAUCAUCUCCUUUUUGUCGCCGCAUUGUUCGAAGACCAACCCGUCCUCGUCGACAUUACAAACCCUAAACCUAUCAAGCGCCUUCUCCCAUCUGCGCCCCUUCGACCGCACGAAGGGCUCGAUCCGGCGGCGGCAGCGAGACAGGCGACGCAAGAUGCGAAGCAAUAUACAUGCGUCACCGUUUUCACAGCCCUCGGGAACCACAUAAUCGCAGGGACGUCGAAGGGAUGGAUCAACAUCAUUGAAACACAAACAUGCAGAACCAUCCACUCGAUGCGACUGUGCAACCGAGUAAUCACUAUGAUCCGCCUUGCCGGGAAUGGGCGCGACCUGCUCGUCAACAGCACUGACCGAGUGAUUCGCACGGUCAUAAUGUCAGACCUGUCACAACUAGGGAUCGGGCUCGAUCCGUCAAACAUUCAACUCGAGGUUGAACACAAAUUCCAAGACGUUGUAAACAAAUUGAGUUGGAAUUACGUCUCGUUCUCGUCGACGGGUGAAUUUGUCAUGGCCUCUACCUAUAUGAAUUCCGACGUGUACAUCUGGGAGCGCAGCCAUGGAUCCCUAGUGAAAAUCCUCGAGGGACCCCGCGAGGAAAUGGGCGUGGUUGAAUGGCACCCAUCACGACCAAUGAUUCUAUCAUGUGGACUGGAAUCCGGGUCGAUAUAUAUGUGGUCAAUCGUAACCCCGCAGAAAUGGUCCGCGCUUGCCCCCGACUUUGCCGAAGUCGAAGAAAACGUACUCUACGUCGAACGCGAAGACGAGUACGAUAUCCAUCCAGCCGAGGAGAUCCACCAGCGACGGCUGGAUCAGGAAGACGAAACGCCAGAUGUUCUCUCGGUUGACCACACCGACCGCGUCAUGGAUCUCGUCGACGCCGAAGCCGAAACCGACGCUUUCCGCAUGCCGGUUCUCCUCGAUCUGUCGGAUAGUGAAAGCGAAGAUGAUAUCAUUGCUGUCGGGCCCGGCACAAUGCGAAAACGAAGUCCUGGUGCUGGGCGUGAGUGGAUGAAUACCAACGAUGCCUCUUCCAGCCGAGGCGCGGCAGCAGCAACAACAAAUGGCACGUCGAAAGGGCAGGCCAGAGGGCGGAAGAAGCAAUAA